CCCAAACACUUCAUCUGUUAAGAAUUAACAUUUUAUCAUCUGUUGCUCCAGUAAUUUGACAAACUUGCUUAACAUCACAUCUAAUCAAAUGUUGCUUUAUAUGACUCAUUUUAUCAUAUCUGUUGUAUUAUCACACUAAUGUGAACUUCCUGGGACAGAUACAUAGCGCGUCUCUUAUUAAUGAUUAAUUGUUUCAUAGAGGGCAGACUAGGUUUUCCCGCAGACUGAAUUUACAGCACAGCAUUUGACAGCCGGGAUUAGGAGGACGCACAAUGACGGAAACCAACGGUGUACAGCUCAAUAAUUUAAUCCACACCAAUGGAAAUGGUGUGGACAACCAGGCUUUUGAAAUAGAGGAGGACAACAUUACUGAUACUAGCAACGUCAAACGGCAGACAAAAAAGACGAAAAAAGGUUUGGGAUCAUACUUAAGCCAAGUUUCCAAGCCGAUUAAUGCCACAGAGGAUUACAUCAAGGCUCACUCAAAAACCUUCAAAUACGUUGUACUGGGCUUACUUGGAGCAGGUUAUGUGGCAUACUUCGUUGCAGCCUGUGUAUUGGAUUUCCAGAGGUCCAUCGCUCUUGUAGUCCUAACCAGUUUGGCUGUUGUUGCUAAAUCAUAUGAACUUUUGAAGGAGUACAAAGGAAAAAGCAUCAGUCAGUGUUUUAAACCUGCAGUUAGAUGCUUUAAAUCUAACCUGAAAUGGUUAAAAUGGGUUUUCAUCUUAGUAGCUGUGGUCCUGCUUGUUCUGUGGCUGGCCUUAGACACACGCCAGAAUCCUCAGCAGCUUGUCUCGUUCGGAGGUGUCUGCAUGUUCAUCCUGCUUGUGUUCCUCUUGUCAGCACACAGGACAGCGGUAUCUUGGAGGCCUGUGUUUUGGGGUCUCGGGUUGCAGUUCUGUAUUGGCCUUUUUGUUAUAAGAACGCAGCCUGGAUUCAUAGCCUUCGAAUGGCUUGGAGCCCAAGUCCAGACAUUCCUUGACUAUACCAAAGAAGGGUCAAGUUUUGUUUUUGGGGAUGUUCUGAUUGAAAACUUUUUUGCCUUUCAAGCUUUGCCCAUUGUUGUAUUCUUCAGCAGUGUGAUGUCAGUCCUUUACUUUUUGGGGAUAAUGCAGUGGCUCAUUCUGAAGAUCUCAUGGGUUAUGCAGAUAACGAUGGGAACCUCUCCCACAGAGACCUUGAGUGUGGCAGGCAAUAUAUUUGUUGGGCAGACUGAAGCUCCGCUGCUGAUCCGCCCUUAUUUGAAAGACAUGACCAAAUCUGAGAUCCAUGCUGUUAUGACUGGUGGAUUUGCCACAAUUGCAGGCAGUGUCAUGGGGGCUUUCAUCUCAUUUGGCAUUGAAGCAUCUGCCUUGAUUUCAGCCUCUGUAAUGGCUGCUCCUUGUGCCUUGGCCAUCUCCAAAAUUUCUUACCCAGAGACAGAGGAGAGUCCCUCUAAGUCAGAGAAGAAUAUUAAAGUGGCUUGUGGGGAUGAACAAAACAUCCUGGAGGCUGCUAGCAGUGGAGCAUCUGCUUCAAUAGGUCUUGUUGCUAACAUUGCAGCAAAUUUGAUAGCCUUUCUUUCCAUUCUCGGGUUCAUAAAUGCAGCUUUGCGUUGGCUUGGCGGCAUGGUGGGAUAUCCUGAAAUCACAUUUCAGAUGAUUUGCUCCUACGUAUUCAUGCCUGUGGCUUUUAUGAUGGGAGUACCAUAUGAUGAGAGUUUCACUGUGGCUGAACUAAUUGGCACAAAGCUCUUCCUCAAUGAGUUUGCAGCUUACGAGAAACUGUCUGUACUGAAGAGCAACAGACUCAAUGGACUUGAUAAAAUUGUUGGAGGCGUAACACAAUGGAUAUCUAAACGAUCAGAAUUAAUCACCACUUAUUCUCUUUGUGGGUUUGCCAACUUCAGCUCCCUGGGCAUUAUGAUUGGAGGUCUAUCCUCUAUAUGCCCAUCCAGAAGAGGUGAUGUCUCGUCUUUGGUGAUGAGAGCUAUGCUCACUGGGACUUGUGUAUCUCUCAUCAAUGCUUGCAUUGCAGGGCUCCUCACUGUUCCUCCACUUGGCUGUGUGAAUCUGUUUGAGACAACUGCUUUCAAUACCACAGAUGCAAAUGUGCAAACUUGCUGUCGAGAGCUCUUUGAAAGCACUAUAAACAAUGGGACCAUCUCGUUCACAGGAUCAUGGAGCAAUGUAGCAAAUGUCACUGUGUUUUUCUCUAAAUGUUGUCAGUGCUGUGGUCUUUCUAAUGUGACAGUUUGUAAUUAGAGG